GAGAGCAGAGAGAGCGGCAGAGAGAGAGAGAGAAACUGACUGCAUCUGGAAGCUCCCUUGAGUUCCAAAGUUCCUAAGACACAUGAUAGGUAAGAACACUUACCAGAUUCAGCAUCCAGCUUCAGUGAUGGACCCAACAGCAACCCUUCUUUAUUUGGAUUACUAUGAAGUUACAGGCACAGACCAUCCUAUCAUGGAGACUCUCCCCCACAUCUCCUACACAUCUGUCUUUCUCCCUAUCUUUUACACAGCUGUGUUCCUGACUGGAGUAUUGGGGAAUUUCAUCCUCGUGGUUGCACUGCACUUCAAACACGGCCACCGAAGAUUGAUCGACAUCUUCAUCAUCAACCUGGCUGCCUCUGACUUCAUUUUCCUUGUCACACUGCCUCUUUGGGUGGAUAAGGAAGCCUCUCUGGGACUGUGGAGGACUGGCUCUUUCCUGUGCAAAGGCAGCUCCUAUGCGAUCUCAGUGAACAUGCACUGUAGUGUCUUCUUACUCACUUGCAUGAGCAUGGACCGCUACCUGGCUAUCAUGUGCCCAGCCUUAUCCAGAAGACUGAGAAGGAGAAACUGUGCAUAUGCAGUCUGCGCCAGUGUCUGGAUCAUCUCCUGCCUCCUGGGACUGCCCACUCUUCUGUCCAGGGAGCUCACUCACAUGGAUGGCAAGCCAUACUGUGCAGAGAAGGAACCCACUCCACUAAAACUGAUGUGGGGUCUGGUAGCCUUAAUUGUCACCUUCUUUGUCCCCCUACUGAGCAUUUUGACCUGCUACUGUUGCAUCACAAGGAGGCUGUGUGCGCAUUACCAGCAGUCAGGAAAGCAUAACAAAAAGCUGAGGAAGUCCAUAAAGAUCAUCAUCAUUGUUGUGGCAGCCUUCAUCUUCUCCUGGUUGCCCUUUAAUACUUUCAAGCUCCUGGCCAUUGUUUCAAGGCUGCAGACAGAACACCAGUUGUCCUCAGAGUCUUUUCAGCUGGCCAUGGAGGUGAGUGGGCCCUUGGCAUUUGCCAACAGCUGCGUCAACCCUUUCAUUUACUAUGUCUUUGACAGCUAUAUCCGUCGGGCCAUUGUACACCGUCUGUGCCCUUGUCUGAAGAACUAUGACUUUGGGAGCAGCACUGAGACGUUAGACAGCCACCUCACUAAGGCUCUUUCCAACCUCAUCCAUGCAGAGGAUUUUGCCAGGCGGAGAAAGAGGUCUGUGUCGCUCUGAAGGGAAUGGUGACAUUUCAAGCUCUGCUGGCACUCCUAGGAAGUUGGGUUUUGUCAGCAACGGAGAAAGAGAAAAGCAUUAAAGAUGAAACUCAUAUUGCUUCAUAAACCCAAGGAAGUGUUGAAUCUAUAAAAGUCUCCUGCUGAGCUCCUGUGUUGUGCUGCAUUUUCAGGUAUGGGGCCUUAUGUGGCAAUCAAGUCAACCAGGGACAUUACAAAACUCCACUGUCCUUGAACUCAUAGGCUGAUCAGUGUACCUUCAGAGACCAUCCACCCCACUGCUCACACUGGGCUGUAUUUUGAAGAGACACUUUCAUCUGGUAAGAAAUGCAGUGGGAUGCAGGAUAACCAAAAAGCUCACUUGUGCUCUGUAGCUCACAGUCCCUGAGUUACUGAGAUAGAUUCUGGGCCCAUUUAGUAGUUUAUCUAGUGAGUCUUCAGCUCCCUCCAGCAUUGGCUUUCAUCCCAGGCCAUUCUUGACAGUUCCGGUGUGGCAGGAAAAGCUCAUGAAGAUAAAGCCACUUUGCACUGAGUUUAUGAACUGGAACUCACCUCAUCACCUGAUCAAAAAUGUGUUAACAAGGAAGCAUGGUGCAAGGUUUGACCUUUGCCUUGUAAAAAAACAGUGGUAACAAUACCGCUUAUUAUAAUGCUAUGGUAGAUGCUUUUCAAGGUUUUAAUGUGCUGUUUGUUUUCAUUGCCUUUAUAAAUUAGAAUUGGACUUCGUUGUAAUUACAUGUUUUAAAUUACCUGUCAUCUAGUUAUCAAAUGAAAAUGUUACUACGAAUGUAAUUGGAGCUUAGAGGCUAGGGCCCACCCCCAUGCAGAUUAUUACUUGGGGUUUUAAUUAAAAUGUUAGUGCUGUACAUUGCUUUAAUAAUUCUUUUGCUUGGUAUAUAUAAUUUCAAGAUGACAUGGGAUGUUCUGUAUCCAGCCAAAGAAAAAGAACUGUACUAGUGUCUUACAUAUGCUUUCUCUCCCAAAGGCCUUUCUGGGUCUUCUUACCGAAUACAAUAUUUGCUGAGUCAGCUUGCAUCCAUAUUUAAAACAAACAAAAAUUGCAAUUAAUGGCAACAACAAAAGGCUACACCUGCAAGUGGGCUAUUGUGAGCUUGGGCUUCAAUUCCAGAAAAUGUGGGGUUUGGACCAAUUGCUGGCCUAAAUGAAUUACUUUUUUAAUGCUAAAUGUUGAACUUAGAAAUAAUAAAAUACAAAUUAUUUUCAGAUACCAGCUUAUUUAAUGUCCUCCAAGUUUCUCUCACAGUAAAAGUAUAAGGCAUGUUCUUAUACUGAACCUAUUUUGAAGCUGAAAGUACAGAUUUUGGUUCGACAAAAUUCUAUUUGUUUAUUGUUAUUCACCAAAUAAAUUAAUAUGUCCUUUUA